CGACUAUUGUCCAAUGAUAAAUCGCGGUUACAAUGGUCGCCGCUGUGUCGGGUACGAUCACAAGCGCAGUAAUGCGCGCGGAGCCGGUGUUCGGGCCGUGUUAGUGAGUUCUAGCUGCUGAUGAAGGAUAAGGCUGUGAUUCCUAUAAAACACGGAAUUUCUCAGUCCAACAGACCAACAAUCGUUAGUGAUACAAUAAAUGGCUGAUUGCCGAAUUAUGCAAGAAGAUACGAACGGGAACUAGACAAGAUGUCGCUCAAGAAAGUCGUCACACCCGCUAUAGCCCCCGACACAGCUCGCAUACGGGAGACCGCCGACCGUCAGCUCGGCUCGAUACUUUUCGGAAGACUGCCUUUGGAAAUUCGAGACAUUAUUUACGCCGAGUGUUGGAAGGCGUCCGGACUUGAACAACAUGUCUUCAUCCGGGAUGGGCGCUUAACCCACUGGCCAUGUACUCUAGCAUCCGAUGAAGUGGAUGAGAGGCUCGAGGAGCUUCAACGGAUGUUAGAAGCCCAGGAAUUUCAACCGAGGUCACGUACACGCUCUUUGGUCUUAGAUGAUAAAUGGGCUAGAAGAUUUUCCUCUCCAUGGCACAAUCACUGGCGGUGCGAAGAGGAGAUGGAUGAGGCUAUAGCCAACGAGGGAGGCCAUUGUUACUCACCACGCUCUAGCCGUACUCUUUUCCUUCCUAUCCUAUUAGCUUGCAAGAGAACCUACCUCGAAGCCCGCCCCAGCCUCUACGCCUCCUUAACCCCAAUAUUCACAGACCUAUCCGCUGCCCACGCCUUCCUAUCCCUCUCCCCAUCCACAGUCUCAUCGCAACUGCGCUCCCUCUCCCUCUCCCUAGCCCUGCCCGUCGAAACGCUGCACCAGCACCACCUACAGACCCACCCCACCGACCCGCCAGGCCCCUGGGCCGACCUAUGCACCGCGCUCUCGAACCUCGUGCGCUUCGCCGCUCUACGCGAAGUCACAUUACGUCUCGCCGUCGGUGCUUGCGAUCCUAGCACUAAUUCCGCCAACUCCACCGAGCAAACCGAACCCGAAACUCGGAUCAAGAUCGCCGGGUCCAGCUGGCGCGACACGCCGUCGUGGCCAGAAGUCCGCGAGCGCUGGGCCCUGAGCGCCGUGCGCGGGCUCCUGGCCCGUCGGCUGACGGUGGAGCUGCCGCAAGUGGCGCCGACGUACACGUACCCGGAGUGGGCGAAGCGGUACCAGUACCUUUCCGACUCCUCCGACUCCGGCGACGGCGGUGGGCGGGGCGUGCCGUUUAAGAAGUUGGUUCGGUAUCAGGCGUUGCCGCCUAUGCGGGUGCGCGGAGACGGGAGGGUGGAGCCUAGGAUGGAUGGGCCGAGGUCGCCGCGGUCGCCCGGGGUAUCGGGUGCGGGUUCGGGUGCGGGUUCGGGUGUAGGUGGGGAUAAGGGGGAGGGGGAGACGAGAUUGCGGAGGAUGAAGGGGAGUGUUAGGAAAUUGGUUGGGGGGCUUAGGACGAGUUGAUUGUUAAGAGCAAUUCAGGGGGUGAUUUUAAACGUGAAGGCUGUCUAGGUACUUAGGUAGGUUGUGAAUUACUCCGUGCUUUAGGUUGUUGUGCUAUUAUGCAUAACAGCUAGGUAUCGAAUCUCCCUUCGCGUUAUUACAGAGCUUGGAGUCGACCUAGUACCUAUUUUUGAUGAUCUUGCGACCUACGGUUCUAUGG